GCCCCGUCGCGUUAACCCUAGCUAAUCCGAACCGUGGGAAGAAAUGGUCUCGUGCUCCCUUUCGUCCGGCCCCAAUCGUAGCCGACCAGUAACUCCGGGGCGGAGAAGGUCCCACGCCGUCGCCUCCGACGAGAGAAAGCCAAUUGAUGGUCAAUACUGGCAUCGGUUUAUUUGCAUUACUAGAGCUGAGGAAAGGAGACAUGUGAGGUGAGAGCAAACCAGCUACUUUAUUCCUGUUUGCCUGAAGCGCUAUGUUUGAGGUAUUAAGAGAAGUUUGGAGUGAAGUGUUUGCCAAACCAAUAUCUCUAUGCUAGAAAUCCAGUGCCAUAUGUAUUUCACAAACUAUUAAGAGCAAGGAGCAAGUGUGCCCCUCCUUUAUUUCUGGUCCAGGCUGGAAGGAAAUUGAGGAACGAGAAAGAAGUGUAAGAAAAAUCACGUGGUUGAGAUGGCAUCAUCAAAAAUUCAAGCUCUAUGGAACCACCCAGCUGGCCCUAAAACCAUUCAUUUCUGGGCCCCAACUUUUAAAUGGGGUAUAAGCAUUGCAAAUGUUGCUGACUUCACCAAGCCACCUGAAAAAAUUUCCUACCCUCAGCAAAUUGCUGUUACUUGCACUGGGCUCAUCUGGUCACGUUACAGCACAGUAAUCACACCAAAAAACUGGAAUCUUUUCAGCGUAAAUGUUGCAAUGGCUGGGACAGGCCUUUAUCAACUUUUUCGUAAAAUUCGGCAUGAUCAGUAUUCUGAGGUGCAAGAAGUACCUGCAAAAGAAUAAAAAAAUUAUCAUUUCGGACCUUGCAAGUCAUGGAUCGAACCUUUUUAAAUAGGAACAACACCAAAGUGCUAGUGGAGUUUGUCAUGUUUUAUGGUUCGAAUUCAACAAAAUACUUUUUGUUUCUCAAGUACAUGGAAGGAUGAAAAAAUACCUGCAAUAAUGCCCUGCCUUUUCAUUAUGAGCAGUAGUUUGGUGUUGGUGUUUGUUUCAAUCUGGCUGCUCUCAUUCACGAUCUGCUUUGUGCUCUUGGCCUGUACUUACAGUGAAAGCUAUUAAGCAUUCUUUCCGUGUUUGAUCUGGAA